CCCGCCGGCCCCGCCCCGGGACCGGGAUCCCGCGCGGCUCCGCGCCCGCCGCUCCAUCCGCGCCGCCGCCGAGCACCAGGUCCAGGAGCCCAAGAGCCAUGGGCAGGGACGGCGAGCGCCCAGCGCCCCGGGCAUCGCGCCACGAGCAGCACUGAGAGGGGCACACGGUGGUGGGACCAUGGGCUGCCGGUAUCACCGGGGCGGCACGGCGGCGGGCAGGGCAGCCGGGGCAGUGUGCCGGGGGCCGUAGGGCUGGCCGGCGGGCAGCAUGCCCGGCAGCCCCUCGCCUGCCUCCCGCACAGCAUCCCCAACGCGUGGCGGCGCGGGAUGAGGCCGCCUGCCGCCCCGGGCACCUGCGGGGACGGGUGCAGCCCCGGGCUCCGGCCGCCAGCGCUCGUCCCCCCGCACCCCACCACAGCGCCCGGCCGCAGCGCGGCGGCCACGGGGCCCUGAGCCAUGGUCAGCCGCGAGCCCCUGCCCGGCACGGCGCCCUCCGUCGAGGGCAGCCAGGAGAAAGCCAUGGCAGUGCGCUCGGUGCUGCUCAACCGCGACUCGCCCGAUGUCGAGAGCCGCCUCAAGCGCCGCCGCAACCGCACGCAGCAGGUCCGCUUCAAGGACCUGGUGGAGGGCGGCACGGAGCCCGCGGCCGCCCCCGGCCCCCACACCCCACGUGCCUCACCGCCCCCCAGGCUCGCCCCUGCGCCGGCGGCUCUCCGUGCCUCGCGGCGCAGCUGGCCCCAGGCGCAGCCGGGCUCGCUGACGCUGCCCAUGCCCAGGAAGGCCUGCAUGAGCACCGCCAUCCAGACCUCCCCCAGCCUCCAGAAGCCCUUUCCGGCGCCCCAGCCCCGCAGCAGCAGCGCCUGCGAUGUGGCGGGGGAUGCGGCAACGCCCGCUGUGGUUGCGAGUGCCCGGUGCCUGGGGGAUGCUGUGCCCACCGGCAUUGGCUACGCCGUGCCCCCGCGGGCGCCCGGUAGCCUCCCCGUGCGGGACCACGCCACAGCCAUCGUCCCGCAUGCUGCUGUGUGCCGAGUGCCACCACCACCGCCAUCCAGGGAUCCCUGUCCCCCUUAUCCGGGCACGGCCGCGUGCCCUGCUGCCCGCUGUGCCUCACCGGCGCGGAGCUGUACCCCAGAGCCCUGCCCACCCCCCGCCGCCUGCGCCCGGCUGCGUGGCAACACUGGGAGUGGCCGUGGGGCAGCCCCACGUCCGGCCUCGGUGCCCUGCAGUCAGUCCUGGCUGCCCACCGAGCCGCCGGUCAGCCGGAGCGACUCAGAGUGGAGUCUCCCCCGUGGGCACACCCAGCCCUCGCCGAGCAUCUCUGCCACAGACCCCCCCAGUCCCCGCCGGCCAGCUCAGGGCACCCCCCCGCGGGACCCCCCGGCCCCCCAGCACCAGCCCUGGGGGGGCCCCUGCUGCGCCUCACCAGCCCCCAUCCCACCAGCGCCGCGCUGGCACGGUUCUGCCGCCACCGUGCCGGACAAGCCACCAGCUGCACUCGGCCACCUGGACCCCCACGGCAUUGGCACCCAGCGCCGCAGCGCCGAGCCUGGGCACGGCCGGGCAGCACCAGCCUCACAGGGCGCGCAGACGGCGGCACAGGCACCGGAGCUGCCUCGGCACCGGCAACCCUGCCUCAGCGCCGAGCACUCGGACACGCUGCACCACGUUCAGGACCUGCUGCAGCUGGUGGUGGUGGCCAAGGGGCCGUCGGGACCACCGUCGGGGGACCAGGAUGCCCGGACAUCUCAGGGAGCGCGGCCGCGGGAGCGGGGGGACCUGCGGUCGCAGCUGCAGUCCCUGGAAGGGGUGCUGGAGACCAGCCAGCAGACCAUCCGCGUGCUGCUGGACGUCAUCCAGGACCUGGAGAAGAAGGAGGCGCAGCGGGACGGGCGACACUCGUACCGGACAGGGCAAGACAUCGCCAACUGUGGGACCUGCCGGGAUUGUGCCUGCAUCAUCUACAGCGUGGAGCAUGAUUUCCGGCAGCAGGAGGGUCGCUUCCAGCGGGUGCUGAGCCACAUCGCAGGCGACACAACGCUGGGCUCCCCAGCAGCGGUGGCAGAGGCCGCGCUGCCGCCCCGGCAGGAGCUGUCGCCAGUGACCAAACUGCCCACAAAGCUGGACACCAAGAAAUCCAGGCGCAAAUGCUUCUGGUUCCUGUGAGGGCUCCAUCUCGGCACUGACCCCCUCCCACCUCUCCUUCUUCCUCUCCCUCCCUCCGAAGUAGGGUUUGGGUAGCACCAGCUUUUCUACUUUUAACUGUUUAUUUACCGUAUCGAUGCCCCAUGGUACACGAGGCGAGGGGAACACGGGCUGUGUUUAACGAGGAUUCAAUAAAUUCCACAGAGACGCUAUUUUUGUUACACCCUCUCCCACCUGUGCCCUUCUGUUCCGGGUGAGGAUGAGGAGGGGCUGUGGCUGAGCCCCUGCAUGGGUGGCAGCGUUCGCCUGGCCCUGGGUGCCCACAGCCCCCCUGGAGCAGCCACAGGGCUCCCAUCUUGCCCCAUUGGCAUCGGUGCCCAUCCCGUAUCCCGUGGGAUGCUCGCCCGCUGCUUAACCCGGAGCACCCAGGCUUGCUCCCGCACCCGAGACAGUGGGAAAUGGUCAAAGUCUCGGCAGGACCUGAGCUGGGACAGAGAAACCCAACCCAAAGGCCUCCAGGUGGGAGGGCAGGGCCGGACAGGGGGGGAUCUGGGAGACAUGGAUCUCCUUCCAAGGAGCAUCUCUGGGUGAGGCUGAGGCUGCCCGGCGCCCCAGGAGGGGCUCAGAGCGUCCCCAGUGCCCGAGAGCCUGGGAUGGUGAACUUGGGGCUCUCCUCCAGCCAAACUCAGGAGGGUGGAUGGGGCUGCGGGGGCGCACGCGUGGUCCCUCCUGACCUUCCUGGCAGCCACAGCCUGGGCUGAGCCACAUUGGACUUGGGGGGAAAGCAGGGGCUGUGGCAGCGGCAUGGAAAUCAUGGAUGCACUGGGAACGCUGCCGGAUGGCGUUUCUGGAGCCCGGCAUGGCCAGCCCAGGGGAAGGGGCGCACACACACAGGGCCACACACCAGCACCUGCGUCCCCACCGCCGCCUGGCAGUGUGUGCCCAGCAGCUCUGCAUGCUGCCGUGGGCACCGAGUCACAGGGACCAGGAACGGUGCCUGAGAGCACAGUGACACCAAAGACGGCCCCAGGAACGGAGCUGUGGGCACAGUGACACCAAAGGCAGCCCUGAGCGCAUCACCUGCCUGAGUCACACGUCAGUCACGCUCUGGCACAGGGAGCCUGCCGUGCCCGCUGGCACAGCCCCAGCGCAGCAGCAUUUGGCAGCAGAGCAGCACCGCCUUCCACAAGGCCGCUUGUGCCUGGGCACGCGCUGGGGUCUGCACCUGCCGUCGGUCCGGCCGGCAGAGCUGCCGCAGCAUGGCAGAACCAUCACCACGGGGCUGUGCUGACCGAGCUGUGACUGGCCGAGCCGGGAGCCAAAAGGGAGAGCUCGCGUCUGCCCUGUCCCUCACAGGCAAGAGAAGGGGUCACAGGGAAUGGCAACGCCGGUGCCUCAGCGCAUUGGUGGGAACCAUCCCAGCACCUGGGGUGCUCACAGACUCUGACAGCCUCAGCUGCCACAGAGCAUGGGCAGAGUCCGGGAGGAGAAAGCUCCCAUGCCAUGGGGCGCCCUCGUGGCACAGUGCUUCCUCAUGGCACAGUGUUUCCCAAUGGCACAGCACUCCUCCAUGGCAUGACGCUCCCCCAUGGCAUGAUGCUCCCCCUGGCACGACGCUCCCCCAUGGCACGGUACGGUGUUUCCCCAUGGCACAGCAUUCCCCCAUGGCACGGUACAGUGUUUCCCCAUGGCACGGUACAGUGUUUCCCCGUGGCACAGCACGGCGCUUCCCCAUGGCACAGGGCUUCCCCACUGCUCACAGCCCCACCACUCACUCCAGGCUCCCAGA